AUGAACACUGGCGGCUACGCUCUACCCGGUGGCGCGAGCUCCAUGCCACCGCCAUCGACGGGCAAUGGCUUCGUGCCCAUCUCCAACCUGUCGAGCCUUUCCUCCGCUGCUGCGCCCAACAUGUCAGCAGAUCAGACGAACAUGGGAGGCAACAUCAAGGGCAAGGAGAUUGUCAAGCCUGUCGCGCAACAGCCCAUCAUCCCCAACGUGCACGGUCUGGUUCCUACGUUGCAAAACAUCGUCGCUACUGUGAAUCUCGAGUGCAAGCUCGAUCUCAAGACGAUCGCUCUUCACGCGAGAAAUGCCGAGUACAACCCAAAGCGAUUCGCCGCCGUCAUCAUGCGCAUCCGCGAGCCAAAGACGACCGCGCUCAUCUUUGCGUCUGGCAAGAUGGUCGUGACGGGAGCAAAGUCAGAGGACGAUUCUCGUCUGGCGUCGCGCAAGUACGCGAGAAUCAUCCAGAAGCUCGGCUUCGAGGCCCAAUUCAAGGAGUUCAAGAUCCAGAACAUCGUCGGCAGUUGCGACGUCAAGUUCCCUAUCCGCCUCGAAGGUCUCGCCUAUUCGCACGGCCAUUUCUCGUCCUACGAGCCAGAGCUGUUCCCCGGUCUCAUCUACCGCAUGGUCAAGCCCAAGGUUGUUCUGCUCAUCUUUGUCUCGGGCAAGAUCGUCCUGACAGGUGCCAAAGUUCGAGAGGAGAUCUACUCGGCCUUCCAGCUCAUCUAUCCUGUCUUAGCCACAGAGCACUCGCUCGCUGUUGUAUGGGGCUGCAUGUUGAUCUCGUCCUCGAUCGCCCCGCGGGCGGCGGGCGUCCCUUGCCUGUCUCGUGCACGCGCCGACCGCGAGCUCGAGCCGUUCUGCGGUCUGAUCUCACUGAUGAGCGAGCGACGGGGCUCUCUCACCCGUGACGACGACGGCAACGAUCACGGCGAGGCUAUCGAGCCACCACGACGACCGUCUGCACGGCGGGCGGCCAGCUCCGGGGAGCCGCAGCUGUUCUUCGACUCUGCCGCCGAGGAUGAAGACGAAGGGGACAGUGUGGACGAAGAGGUCGGAAGAUCGGCGCCGAAAGCUAAGCGUAAGCCUCGAAUGUUCAGCCUGCUCAUGUAUACUCGCCAUGCUGUCCGACAUGCCGUCGACUCGCCCGUCUCUUGGGAUCAGCUCCAUCAGCCGUCACUAGAUCUCGCGGUCGUUCGUCCUCUCGUCACCCGGAUGGGUAACACGAGGGAUCCCGGAAUCGUCUUUUGCCUGCUCCUCAACAGGAGCCGGUUCCUACAAGAAGCGAGUGACAAGCCAGGCUUUGCAGGCAUCAACAAUGCUCGCGCGAACCUCUGCGAAUUGAUAGCUAUCAAACUGCUCGGCCAGUUCACACAGACUAGACUCGAGCUCGUCCGUGUUCUCUGCACCCCAAGGUCGCCCUUUUCGGGCGCGAAUCCAGGUCUUUUCAACGAGGUAGACGCAAACGAAGUGCUCGAGCUGCGCAAAUGGGGCCAUAAGGAGAGAGCCUCUGCGCUCGAGAUCGCCAUCGUCUGCAGCGCCAAACAUUUCAUAAAGACGCCGCUAUGUCAUCAAGUCAUCACUGGCAUCUACAGAGGCGAGAUUGAGUAUCAACCUGGCUUCGCGGGCAGCGCUAUCCUCAGUGAUGCUUACAAAACCAGGCCGGUCAGGCUGUACGACUGGACGAGCAGCGACAGACCGCUUCUUGACCAUACAAGACUACGAGUACCUCUGAUCCGAGAUUGGAUAUUUCGAUUCACCUUUCUAGCCAUGGUAGCGAUCUACCUCGCCGUACUACGGAAUCACAAGAGCGAUCGCAUAGACGCUUGGGAGGGCCUCUUCAUUUUUUGGUCAUGCGGCUUCGCCCUGGAUGAGCUGGCAUCGGUCGUCUCGGGGGGUACGGACGCGUAUCUCAAGGAGUUCUGGAAUUCGCUCGACAUGGCCUUUGUCGCUUGCUUCGCUGCCUAUCUAACGAUACGGAUCUAUGGCUUCACAACGAACUUGCCAGAAGCGGCCGAGCUCGCAUUUGAUGUGCUCUCCUUAGCGGCUUGCACGCUCUUGCCACGCUUGGCAGGCUUAUUGCUAUCAGAAAACGUCGUCCUCAUCGGCCUGAGAGCCAUGUUCAGAGAUUUCUCGGCCUUUCUACUCCUGGCUGUCAUCUGCGCAAGCGGCUUCCUCGUCACAUUCUGGACUCUCGGAAGUGGCACGUGGACGUUUGGUCAGACCGCCUGGCUACUCUUACAAAUAUGGUUUGGCUCGACGUAUGUGGGCUUUGAAUCUGCUUCUAGUUUCCAUCCUGUGCUCGGGCCGAUUCUCAUGGUCGUCUUUGCCGCUCUAGCGAAUACGCUGCUACUAACAAUCCUAAUCUCCCUCUUGUCCAACACAUUUGCGAUCGUAGCAGCGACAGCGGAUCAGGAAUUCCUCUAUCAACAGGCGCUGCGUACGAUCGAGCGGAUCAGAGGCGAGGCACUCUUUGUCUAUCCAGUGCCGCUCAAUCUGAUUGCGCUCAUCAUUAUUGGACCGGCCAGCUAUAUGCUGACGCCAAAGCAGCUACACGCACUCAAUGUAGCGCUGACAAGGGUCGCCAACUUCCCCGUCUUGCUCGGCAUAGCAAUCUGGCAACGCGUACAGCACCGUCUACGCACGCGCCCGCUCCAGCUCGAGGAAGCAAGCGAGCUACCACGCGAUGUCUGGCUUGGCUCUGAGGAGGCAUUGCGAUGCAUCUUUGAGCAGGAUGUCAGUGACGAGGCCAAACGAUGGGAGGACACCACAACCCGAAAGGAGGACGCUGUCAGCUCCACGAGCGUGGGCAGCAUUGCGCAGAUGCCGGACUCAGCAGCGCACACUGUGGCUACAGCAGAGCAAUCAGGUCGUUUAGUGAGCUUAGGCAAGAUGCUUGGGCUUGCACGACCGGGCCAAGUGCCUACGGCCAGCAACCUAGAUGACAGACUGUGCGCGAUCGAGCUGCAGGGCAGACGCAUCGAGGAUAUGCUGCAAUCGUUAUUGGCCGCACAAUCUCUUCGAGCUGACAAGACUGCCAAGUAA